CCUUCUUUUAACAUUUGAGUUGUGCGGUGCACGCAUGAUCUACGUUCACAGAACUGACUGCACAAUGCAUUAAAAUGGUUUCCUGUGGUCUGCUGUGCUACUUCCUAAUUCUCCUGUUGUGACAUUCAUCUCUUUUCUCACUCUCGCUGCAAUGGAGUGGAUUGUUUUCAUCGUUUUUCAGCUCCUGACGGAGGUUCAGUCUUACAAGUCUCCUACUGUAAGAGUAUCUCCAGAUAUCAUAAGAGAGUCCAGCUCAGUGAAGAUCAGCUGUGACACGCCAGAAGAUGUUACAGUGAAUCAGUGUUAUUUCUACACAAACAGAGAAGAGAAGAAUAUAAAAACCAGCUGGAGAUGUGAGCUGGGUCUCACUGGUGCUGAACUGAUCAGAUGGGCAGAUGUGACAUCACAUGGAUUCAUCAAUAUUUCCUGUUACUACACAGUGAAUGAUACAUCAUCAUCAUCAUUACCUCAUUCUCCUCAUGCCACAGUGAAAGUUAUAGUUUCACCAUCAACCAUCACUGAACAAACUUCUACAACAGCCAUGAAAACCUCAUUACUUGAAAUGUCCACUUCUGAAACUACAACACACCCUACUACUGAUCUCCAUUCCAACCCAAAGCUGUCAACAAGUUUGACAAAGGAAACUACAAUUUCUAUUACAAACUCCACUUUGUCUGGUAACAGUAGAAUAUCAGAACAUAACACAGGCACAUGGUUUGUCGUGUAUGUUUCCACUGCUGUUGCUGUGGUUUUUUCUGGACUCACAGUCUGUCUUUGCUGGUUUGCAAGUAAGAAAAGAAGAAAGCAAUUGAAUACAGUGGAAGUGCCCAAUCAUGGAAUUGGUAUGAGUAAUUCUGGACCUGCAGAGAUAUAUUCUCUGAUCACUUCUGAAACAUCUCAGCCCAUAUCUGAAGGCCUCGAACACCCAGAGUCACAUCAGGACAGCACUGCAGAUCCUGCAGACCCUAACUCUUUCGUUAUGUCUGUAAAUGCAAUUUAUCAGCCAUCAGAUGUUUUGGCCAAUAAACAACAGAAACAGGGAAAUCCAGAGGACAAUGAGAAUGUUUAUCACCUGUACUCCACAAUCCUUGACAAACCAGUUCGCGCAGAAGAUCACGUGUACAGUUUGUUGAACAUGAACCAAUGAAUAUCACCUGUGUUCAUUAUGUACAGCGACUAUAAAUAAAGUUUAUAAAGCAG